AUGGCAACUCUUACCAAGAUGCAACCCGCUGGGUCUGCCAUUCACAGGCGUUUUUCACAAGCAUCCGCCACAUCCUCUCUCCCCGAGUAUGAGCUCGGCGACUACCCCCAGCUUCAGACACUCUCUGCCACAGCAUCGCAGUCCGAGUCGUCCUCGCUACCAGACUACGACACCUUUGGAGCCACGCCCUCCGCCUCCAGCGCCGCCUCGGCCGUAGCGUCCUUUCACCAUACCAUCGCUUUCCAGAUCGAGACCGGCGGCCACCCGCUCUUCCACCUGCCGCUGCCGCCCAAGGCCGUGCCCAUCCCGGUACUCCGCGUCGACGCCGACGGCACCGUCGGCGAGCUGGCCUACGAGUCGCUGCGCAACAAUCGCCGCUCCAGCAACUGUGCGCUCGUCCGCGCCGGCCUGGCCGAGGAACCCGUCUGCAGCACCACCUACCGCUUUGGCCCAGGCAAGAGCCCGCAGAUGCAGCUGCACGGCCGCCUCGACCCCCACGAGGUCUACGAGAUACACGGCAAGGGCCUCACGACGCGCGCGCAGAGCCUCCGCACCCACCUCGGCACCUUUGAGUGGCGAUACGCGCGUCGCAGCGACCGCAAGGCCGUCGGCGCCAACAGCCUGCUGCUGUGGGAGCGCGUCACCAGCGUCGCGCUGGCCGGCGGCAAACAGGAAGAGCGCCGUGUCCUCGUCGGCAUGUUUGUGCGCAACGCCGAGCUGCGCACCCAAGGCACGAGCGGAUGCACGGCGGGAAAUGGUGGCCGUCUGUUGCUAAAUCUGACGGAGUGGGCGGACACUAAGGGUGACCAUGAGCAGAUGGAGAUUCUCGCCAUUGCGAGCUGCAUCGUGAUGCUCAAGAAGGAGAUUGACCGACGCCGUGUUCAGCAGAUGAUGAUGAUGAGUGGUGGUGGAGGCGGCCCUUGA